AUUUGUUGCGCAUACUACACAUGAGCUACUGUACAGGGCUGAGCCAGAGAAAACUUUAAGAAACUACAAUUUUCUGCUUACUUAACAAUUGAAGCUACGCAAGCGCGAAACAUGAAGACAUUCAAGAUUGCAGUUGCAGUCAUCCUUUUGCUCACCUAUAUUUUAAUACAGGAGAGCUGUGCUUCGCCAUUUACUGAAGAAGAAGUAGAAGUGAGAGAUGAUGAAGUUUUGGAACAUUUUGAGAUGCAAUCCGAGCAAUCAAAGAUGGGUGAUCAUGUCAGAGAUAAACGCAGCAGGAAUGAGAAAGAUUGCCGCGUAUGCUGUAAUUGCUGUCAUCGUGGGAAAACAUGGUGUGGUCUCUGCUGUGAAUGGGUUACGGGUGGAGGCUGUCAUUUUUCGGGAUUCCUACCGGGUCCCGUGGGUCCUACCAGAUUCCUGCAGGACGGGAGUGAAUUUCACCAUGAAUCACAGGACUGGACAGGAGUGGGAGCGAAGGUCAUCGGGAGCGGGAACUAUGAAAACAAAGUCACCAAGAACGGACGGCAGUGGAAACCAAGAUGGCAGGAGUUGACAGGAGUGUAAACCAUGACGGGAGUGAAACCAUGAUGCAGUUAUAUUUCAUUUUAUAUUGAAUCAAAUCAAUAUUUGAAUAUUUCCCCUCAACAUCGAGCUAAGCAUUGCUAAACUAAGGGACAAAUACAUCUUUUGUUAAUAAACUUAUGUUUUGUUUGUUGAUCGUUCCGAAAA